GAUUGGACUUACAUGAAUAUUGUAUGCGUAAAGAGUUAUGGUUGCAAGACAAAGGGAACGGGGUCUUCAAGCCUAAGGCUAGUUAUUCAUUCACAAUGGAUCAUAAGCGAAAGAUUUGUGAAUGGGUUAAGAACUUGAAGAUGCCUGAUGGGUAUGCAUCAAAUUUGGAAAAACGUGUUGAUAUGGCGCAAGGAAAGUUACAUGGGAUGAAAAGCCAUGAUUGUCAUGUUUUCAUGGAAACUUUACUCCCCAUUGCAUUUAGUAGCUUGCCUGCCCGAAUCUGGAAGCCUAUGACAGAAAUUAGUUUGUUCUUCAAAGACUUGUGUUCCAGUACGUUGAGGGUAGACAACCUGGAUCGGUUGCAUCAGAAUAUUCCUGUAAUAACAAGUAAGUUGGAGAAAAUUCUUCCACCGGGGUUCUUCGAUGUGAUGGAACAUCUUCCAAUUCACCUUGCGGAGGAAGCUCAACUCGGAGGCCCAGUUCAUUGUCGUUGGAUGUAUCCCUUCGAGAGAACUAUUGGCAAGUCUAAACGGGGUAUCAAGCAGAAACAUAGAGUUGAAGGAUCAAUUUGCGAAGCCUACCUUGCUAAGGAAACAACUCAUUUAUGUUCUUACUACUUUGGGAAUGAUGUGCCAUGCUUGCGAAACAGACCCAAACGGCAUUAUGAAGGAGGUGAGAAUGAUGCUUUAGCGAAGCCGAUAUCAAUCCUCAAUCAACCGGGUUCAGGUUCAAAAAAACGUACAAGAGAAUUUAAUGAUAUGGAGUCUAAAUCUGCAUCGAUACAUAUCUUGCUAAAUGGCCCGGAAGUUCAAUGAUA